AACAAUACCAACAAACCAGUGCAGCUCCAGUGGAGAGCUGAACUGGAGCGCCAUAUGACCAGGGACAAGCCAGGAGGCAUGGAGACUCACAGCAUGGCGUCCUGGGGGGGGCGGGGGGACACAGGACACUCCCAGUCCCAGGUGCUAGACUGGCAGGUUCAGUAACCUAUCAGCCGAGUGCCCGCCCCUGUCUCCAGGGAUCACGUUCCUGCACUGCACCGUGAAGACCUUACAUGGACAUACUCAGGUACCAGCAGACCUUUCCAUCCAGGGAAGAUAGGCCUCGACCUUCCAUAUGAGUAUGCUUAGAGGCUACUCAGAGCCGCGUGGUUCAAGCCAUUCGAGCUAAUCCAUGCAGAAUCAGAGCACUCAGCUCUCCUAAGACUAUGACAUCUGCACUUCUCUAAGGCCAGGCCCUCCACAUUCACCCCAGUGAGCCAGGCAUCUGCCCUUGAGAGGACAGCUCACCUUGCCUCCGGGCAUUGGGGCCGGGUGGACAGCCCCCAUCUCCUGCCUGGGCCCCAGGAAGUCCACAGGAAAUUAUUUAGGCCCAGCCACCUUACUUCAGUUUAUGUUUUAGGAGUAGUGUUGGAAAAAGCGAGUGUGUUUGUUUUUUUUCCUACAGGUACCCAGGCAUUGAAUGAGCAUGUUCUUCUCUGGCAGGUCUGGUGUAGCUCAGGAGUGGGAGGCCUGUCUUGGCCCCGAGAAUGGGGCAUGGUUAUCUUCAGAGGUUCACUAUUGUCCCAGCAUGGGGCUCCUUGUCUUCAGUGUAUAGACUUUGAAGACCAUGGCUGAGCUGAAGUGUCUCUCCUAAUUGUGAGAAGUAGAUACCAGUGACUGCCCAUGUCCUGUAUGUGACUUAGGGUGCUGUGCCCGUGUCCACUAAGCUGACUAGCCUGUGCCUAGAAGGCCAGGCUCCUGCCCCGUCCUACAGGACGCCACAGCACGGCUCACAUGUGGGUUUCCAGUAGGGUUCAUUGGGGUUUAUCCAUUCAGUGAGAGACACCAUUAGAUUGGAAGGGCUUCUCUCGUUGGGGACUGCUGCUAUGGCCCUGAUGUGUGUUAGGGAGCAGCUUGUGCUCCAGGCUCUCCCAGCAAGCCCUCCUUCAGGGAGACAAGGUCAGCCUUCUGUUCAGGAGAUGUCUUCCACAGCUGAGAAAAUUUCUCUCCAUUUUCCAGUGACAUCAGCCCAUAAACUUCCUGGCUGUCUCUCACAGAGCUUUCCUGAGGUCAAGCACAGCACCAGAUGGGCGCUCCUGGGUCCCGCUGCAGGAAGGUCAUUCUGACCUUGGCUUAGCUAAAAGCCCCUCACCCCAGGACUCCAGGCGGCAGCAGUGAACAGUUUAUAGGCUGGAUCUCAGCUAUAUACUCCAGCAUCUCAGAUGAGCAAAUAUUGUGAACCAUGACAAUUGUGAAGAAAUCCAGGAGCCAGGACCUUGAAUAGAAGUAAACACUGUGGUCUCAGCCCAGCCCACUUAGGGACAGAUGAGCAGCGAUAUCUGUGUCCACUCCUGGCCCUGCUCCUACUACUUGGACUUUGAGAAGCGAUGGGUCCCUGGGAAACUGUCCCUGACACCACGCUCAUUGAAGUUCAGCACAGAUGGAACUGGAGAAGCCCUCCUUGGCUUACCCCUCUCCAGCAUCACAGAGAUCAGAAAGGAAGCAUCACACUUCGUUUUCAGUGCUGUCACUAUCCUCGAGGAGGGCCACCGGAAGCACUGGUUCAGCUCUCUGCGACCCAGUCGCAAUGUUGUCUUCAAUGUCAUUGAGCACUUCUGGAGGGAGCUGCUGCUGUCCCAGCCUGGUGCUGGUGCCGAUGCAAACACCUCCCCCAAGACCAGGGGGCAGGAGCUGACGGCUCUGAUGGCAGGCUCCCAGAGGCGUCUAGAAGACACGGCAAAGGUACUGAACCACCAGGGUGAGCAGCUGGACAGUGUCAUGAGAGGCCUAGAGAAGAUGGAGUCAGACUUAGAUGUGGCUGAUCGGUUAUUGACAGAACUGGAGUCCCCUUCCUGGUGGCCCUUCAGCUCUAAGCUUUGGAAGACACCAGCAGAAGCAAAGCCCAAGGAGGGCACCUACAUAGCUGGUUGUGAGCCUUUUGGAAAGGAAGGGGUUGUGAUCAAAAUCCCUGCCGUUAUUUCCCAAAGAACAGAAUCUCACAUGAAACCAGGAAGGCUUACCCUCUUGGUUUCUGGCUUGGAAAUCCAUGAUUCCAGCUCUCUGCUUCUGCACAGGUUCGAGAGGGAAGAUGUAGAUGACAUUAAGGUCCACUCACCUUACGAAGUCAGCAUACGCCAGCGGUUUAUUGGGAAGCCAGAUGUGACUUAUCGAGUGAUAUCUGCCAAGAUGCCAGAGGUCAUUCCCAUUUUAGAAGUACAGUUCAGCAAGAAGGUUGAGCUUCUGGAAGACGCCUUCGCACUUAGAAGCACAGGAGCCGCCAAUGCUGCAGAGAGGAGUUGCUCUGUCUGGCGUGCAGCAUCCGGGCUGAUGGGCUGUUCCAUGCACCACGAGCAACCCACAGGAGACCAGGAGGGCGGACCACUGCAGCUGCAGAGGAGACAGCCCUUCCUUUCUGACAGGGAAGCCCAGGAGCUGACACAGAUCCUGAGCAAGCUGAAAGGACUAGCGCUGGACGCGGAGACAGAACUGGAGCGGCAGGAUGAAGCCUUGGAUGGCAUCACCGCAGCUGUGGACCGAGCAACCUUGACUGUGGACAAACAUACCCGGCGCAUGAGAAAGCUGACUUAGCAGGAUGGGACAUGGGCCGUGGAGCUGCCGUGUCCAGCUUCCCACGCCUUUCAUACGGACCUGGGCAGCUGCUGUGCACACAACCCGGAUGGGCCGCCUAGAGCACCGCACUCGGGAAGGGCCCCCUGGACGCUGUAGCCUGUGG